AGCGCCUGGAAGAAGCGAAGGCUUCCCCAAUUUCAGAACUGGACGAAGGUUUGAGGCUAACCUAACAUUGAACUAGAGAAGACAAGGAGUUGCAUUCUGAACCAGAGCACACACACAAGCUGAACCAGGAGCUGCUUCAAACACCUGCAACGUUGUGAAGAGUGAGCCUGUGACCAACGAGAAAAACGUUGGCUCAGAGAAACACAUUUUCCGCUCUGCAUUGGCAUUUCUGCAAAUCAUUUGGCUCGGUUUUUUCCUUAGCUUUGGUUUAUUUUUCUUAUAUAAAGAACACACCACAGAAUCUUCUUUCAUUAGUUCAUUUUCCUUUCUUUUUUAACUAGGAUUAGAAUUGAAUAGAGGUAGUGAGCUGCAGAGAGCACGUUUGGCAGGGAGAGUUCUUCAGCCCUUGAGUGCAAAGUAACCAGGUGAGUCUUGAAUCUGCUCUGCAAGGCUAAGAUAACCUAAUAUUGAGCACGGGAAGAAAUACAAAGUGAUCUUCUUUGUUCGUUCAGCUGAAUCACUUAAUCUAACAGUUUCGUUAAUUGGAUCAAAUGGUGUAGGGAACUUGGCUUCAUCUGCAGUCACGGGUACUGCUGCUGAUUUUUCAAACUGGACAAAGGUGGAGACUUUAUUGGUUGCCAAAUCAACAGCUCAUAACUCAAGACUUCAAUUAAAGGUGUGAUAUGGUUGGACCAAGUGUCUGCUAUGCCAGUGGAUACAUUUUUCUACGGUGAAUCAACGCUGGAUUUUCACAAUGCUUUUGUUGUUGAUGAUGGACUCUCACUUUUCAAUUUGAAUUAUGUUUUGUCUAUACUGUGACUUUAAGUUUGGAACUGGAAAGUGAAAUCUGUUUGAUGUAACAAAACUCUAGCUUUUGACUCCCCGCAGCUUUUAGUAGACAGUCUCAUCUAUGAUUGUAUGGAGCCCAAAAAAUCCAAUACACAUAACAUUGGACCUCCUUAUUUUAGUCAUCAAGAGUGAACUCUGUGUCUUGUUCAGAUGGAUCCGUUAGAAUUCCGUUGUAAUGAGUGUCCCAGAAAGCCGAGAGGACGCUACACAGAAGAAUCAGUAGUAGCGUUUUUGGCUAGACUAGAAGACACCAUCAUAUUUGCUUUGUUUGAAAGAGUCAAGUUUCCUUUGAAUCCCCCAACCUACGAUCUGCUUGGCGGCCUCGUUCGUGAAACAGAGGCCCUUCAAUUCAAGGCACAUAGAUACGAUAAUCCUGAAGAAAAUCCGUUCUUCCCAGAAAGUUUACCACCCGUUGUUGCUGCACCAAAGUACCCAUUUCCAGAAUUUUUGCAAGGUGCAGGUGCUUCGAUUAACAUAAACAAGGAAAUUUGGGAAAUGUACUUUCAUGAGCUGCUUCCAAAGUUUGUUAAAUGCGGUGAUGAUGGCAACUAUGCACAAACUGCUUUUGCCGAUCUUACGUUGUUGCAGGCCAUCUCAAAAAGGAUUCAUUAUGGAAAAUUUCUUGCUGAGGCCACUUUUAGAUUUGCUGGUGGAGUCCUCGAGCCUUAUAUUCGUGCCAAGAACAAGGAAACAUUGAAGGAAUUGACAACACAGAGACUUGAAGAUAAGGUGCUGAGGAGAGUUGAAAAGAAGGUCAUGGUGUUUGGGCGGGAACUCAGCCAGGAACAUGACUUCAAGGGAGAGGUUACUCUCUUAUACGAGAAAUGGUUAAUUCCACUCACAUCAAAGGUUGGACUCGAAUACUUACUAAGACGCCUCGAUUGAAGCCAUCACAACACCGUCAAAUUAAUAAAUUAAUGUCAUCUUAUUGUUAAUUUAAAUUUAUUAGUUUCUUAUUUAGUUGUUAUAAUGCCAAAUUCUUAUGCAAGUCAAUUCAGAAAAUAAUGUUAUAACUUUCUAGAAACUUUUGCAUACACUUAGACUAUGCAAAGAAGUAUUGAAAAUUUUAAUCUUGCAGACCAUUUAAUAAAAAACAAUAUUUUUUUGA